AUGCAUUUGAAUCUUUCGUUCAAUAAUCUGGAGGGUGAGGUACCGAAAGGAGGAGUUUUUCGAAACAAAAGUGCAAUAUCAUUGGAUGGAAAUACCAAACUUUGUGGUGGUGUUUCGGAAAUGCAACUACCAGCGUGCCCCAUCAAAGUCCCAAAGAAGAGAAGCUUGCGUGGUUUCAAACUAAAGUUAACAAUUUCUUUAGUUGCUGGAUGCUCUCUUCUGUUUGCAGUCAUGAUAGCUCUUUAUUGGAAGAGAGAAACUCAAAAGAAGAAACCCUUAUCUGAAGUGUCUUCAAUCAACUUCCUUUCAAUGGUGUCAUACCAGGCACUUCAUCAAGCUACUAACGGAUUCUCUCCAAACAACCAAAUUGGAUCAGGCGGUUUUGGCUCUGUAUACAAAGGGAUUCUUGAUCAAGAAGAAAACAACAUUGUUGCUGUAAAGGUCAUUAACCUACAACAGAAAGGAGCUUCCAAGAGUUUUGUGGCAGAAUGCAAUGCGCUUAGAAAUAUCCGGCACAGGAAUCUUGUGAAGAUCAUAACAUGUUGCUCCAGUGCGGAUAACAGUGGUAAUGACUUCAAAGCUCUAGUAUUUGAGUAUAUGUCAAAUGGAAGUUUAGAGGAGUGGCUGCACAAAGAAAACCAAUCAGGAAGACUAAACCUUCUUCAACGACUGAACAUUGCUGUUGAUGUGGCUUCUGCACUGUGUUAUCUCCAUGAUCAUUGUGAACCACAAAUCAUUCACCGGGACUUGAAGCCGAGCAAUGUUCUUCUUGACGAUGACAUGGUUGCUCGUGUCAGUGAUUUUGGGUUAGCAAGAUUCAUACCACUGACCAAGGACUCUUCUGGAAAUCAAAGUAGCACAGCUGGUAUAAAGGGAACGGUUGGUUAUACUGCUCCAGAGUAUGCAGUCUGUAUUGAGCCAUCAAAGCAAGGGGACGUGUAUAGUUAUGGAAUACUUUUGUUGCAAAUGUUCACGGGAAGAAGACCCACCGAUGAAAUGUUUGUAGACGGUUGCAAUAUCCAUACUUAUGUUAAGAUGGCCAUACCAGGAAGACUAAUGCAGAUUGUGGAUACCACUCUUCUUGCUGCUUUACAAGAGGCAGCACCUGUAACGAGACCAAAUGAAGUGAACUGCAUCAGUGGUUACAACAAUGAUGAUAUCGAAGCAGAUGAAGAAAACAUUAUUGACGGUGAGAAUUUAAGCAAGAUGAACACUUAUGUGUGGAAGUGCAUACUUCCAACCCUUAAGAUUGGACUAGCAUGUUCGGAAGAGUCACCAAGGAAUCGGAUGUCUAUGGAGGAGGUCCUCAGGGAACUACACCAUAUUAAAAUUGCUUACACUCGUGUUGACAUUCGUCAGGAGAGGCCGAGAAGAAGCUAA